AUGUCUGUUACCAUUGUUCCAGGUGUUAGUAUUUUGGCUUCUGUCACCCCCGCUCAAUCGCAGAUACUUUCACCAGAAGCGAUUCAAUUCGUGGCGAAACUUCACCGUGCUUUUAAUCCAACACGAAAGGCUUUGCUGCAGCGUCGUGCCUUGCGUCAGCGAAACAUUGAUAUUGGUCAAUUACCUGACUUUUUACCAGAAACUGCAGCAAUACGCGAGAAUGAUACCUGGCGUGGGGCAUAUCCUGCGCCAGGCUUGGUUGAUAGGCGCGUCGAAAUUACUGGCCCUGUAGAUAGGAAAAUGGUUAUUAAUGCGUUAAAUUCUGGUGCUUCUACUUACAUGGCGGAUUUCGAAGAUUCAAAUGCGCCGACUUGGGAAAAUAAUAUUGAUGGACAAUUAAACUUGCGUGAUGCAAACUAUCGUACCAUUGCUUAUACUAAUCCUGCCAAUGGCAAGAAUUAUACAUUACGUAAAGAUGGAAAACUUGCCACUCUUAUUGUUCGACCACGUGGAUGGCACUUGGAAGAAGCACACCUUUUGAUCGAUGGCGAACCUUGUUCCGCUUCUAUCUUUGACUUCGGUUUAUAUUUUUUCCAUAAUGCCAAGAAAACGAUUGAAAUAGGGAUUGGUCCAUACUUUUAUCUCCCAAAAAUGGAAUCACAUUUAGAGGCUAGACUUUGGAAUGAUAUCUUCAACGUCUCUCAAGAUAUUAUAGGUCUACCACGAGGCACUAUCCGUGCAACUGUUUUGAUUGAGACCAUAUUGGCUGCAUUCGAGAUGGACGAAAUUAUUUACGAACUCCGAGAACAUUCAUCUGGACUCAAUUGUGGUAGAUGGGAUUAUAUUUUCUCUGUGAUCAAAAAAUUCCGCCACAACAAAAAUUUUGUCCUUCCUAACCGCAGUGACGUUACCAUGACCGUUCCCUUCAUGGAUGCCUAUGUUCGCCUUUUGAUAAAGACUUGCCAUCGCCGUGGCGUUCAUGCAAUGGGUGGUAUGGCGGCUCAAAUUCCAAUAAAGAAUGAUCCUAAAGCGAAUCAAAUUGCUUUAGACAAAGUGCGAGCAGACAAGCUACGUGAAGUUAAAGCUGGCCAUGAUGGUACAUGGGUUGCACAUCCUGAUCUCGUAAAAAUUGCUAUGGAGAUUUUCAAUGAAAAUCUUAAAACACCAAAUCAAAUUUUCGUACGACGUGAAGAUGUUAACGUCACCGCGUUGGAUUUGUUAAAUACGAAUGUACCUGGUAGUAUAACUGAGGCUGGAAUUCGAAGUAAUAUAUCUGUUGGUCUUACUUAUAUGGAAUCAUGGCUUCGAGGACUCGGUUGUGUGCCAAUUCAUAACUUAAUGGAAGAUGCAGCUACCGCAGAGAUAUCACGAUCGCAACUCUGGCAAUGGGCCAAACAUCACGCUCGUACCGAUGAGAAUAAGACUGUCACACCAGAGUAUCUUCUCAAACUUCUUGACGAUGAAGUGGCAAAGAUUGAGAAGAAACUAGGACCCGAAAAAUUCAAUGCUACAAAAUAUCCACAAGCUGAACGAUACUUUGCGUCGCAAAUCACGGGUAAAGAUUAUGCCGAAUUUUUGACAACCCUCUUGUAUCCUGAAAUAAUUUCUGCUCAAGACAAGCCCAAGCUUUGA